AAACUCUUGUAUAUAUUGCUUUAACAGGUGCCUGGUAGAAGAGAGAGACCUGUUCCGAACAAUGUCCAGGAGAAAGCCGGAGAGUAAAAGCCUUUCAGGCUUGUUAGCUACAUCUCUGCAAACACAAAUCAAGACAGACAGUUUUCACAAUUUCUACAUGCUUGAAUCUAAAGAGCUAGGACGAGGAAGAUGUGCUGUGGUUAGAAAAUGUAUAGCUAAAUCCACAGGCCAAGAAUAUGCAGCUAAAUUUUUAAAGAAAAGAAGACGAGGGCAAGACUGCAAAGCAGAGAUUCUUCAUGAAAUUGCUGUACUUGAAUUAAUGAAAUCUAAUCCGCGCAUAGUCAAUCUCCAUGAAGUCUAUGAAACAGCAAAUGAAAUAAUCUUAGUGUUGGAAUAUGCUGCUGGAGGAGAAAUCUUUAACUUAUGCAUCCCAGACCUGGAUGACAGAAUUGGUGAAAGUGAUAUUAUAAAACUUAUAAGACAAAUACUGGAAGGACUUUGCUGCUUGCAUGAAAACAAUAUUGUGCAUCUUGAUUUAAAGCCUCAAAACAUCUUGCUGAGCAGCGUCAAUCCUCUUGGUGAUGUAAAGAUUGUGGAUUUUGGUAUGUCUCGGAAGAUUGAGAAUUCUAGUGAACUGCGGCAAAUCAUGGGAACAACAGAAUAUUUAGCUCCAGAAAUCUUAAACUACGAUCCUAUUACCACAGCUACAGAUAUGUGGAACAUAGGUGUAAUUUCAUACAUGCUCUUGACACAAGAAUCUCCAUUUGUGGGAGCUGAUAAUCAAGAAACUUUCCUUAAUAUAUCUCAAGUUAACGUGGAUUAUUCAGAAGAAAUAUUUUCAUCCAUUUCACAGCCUGCCAGAGACUUCAUUCAAAAGCUUCUCAUCAAAAAUCCAGAGGAAAGACCCACAGCAGAGGCCUGCCUCUCUCAUUUGUGGUUGCAGCAAGGGGAAUUCAUACUCUUGUGUGGCCCUGAAGAAACUUGCUGCUCUUCUCUGAUGCCAGGAUACGCAACAAAAUGCUCAGAAGAGCGGAAUAUAAAAUCCAGUUGUAAUGGUACCUGUAGCAAAAAGGAAGACAAAGAAAACAUUCCAGAGGACAGCAGUACAGUCUCCAAACGUUUCCGGUUUGAUGAUUCAUUGCAGCAUCCACAAGACUUUAUGACAGACUUUGUUUGUUAAUGUGUUUUUAUAGACUUUUUUGAAAUGAAUUUAGCAUAAUCUAUUCCAGUGGUGAAUACGUUAUGGCUUGCCAAUGCAUGCAGCAUUGAUGUACUGGAAAUGCACUUUUGGUCCUUUUAUGCUGGGUGCUGCUUUUUCUAUCCAUUGCUGGCAAUGGAUUUAACUCCUGAGGAAUUGGAGUUAUAGCACCAAUAAAAUGAUUUUUUUUGAAGAAGAAGAAGAAGAAGCUAUAAUUAAAUAUAUUUGCACUUUUCAAGUUUUAGUCCAAAUAUGAUGCCAGAGUGAACAAAUAAAAACCUGAAAAUGAGUUUAAUUAAACUCAUGCUUUGCCAAGCAGUGGUUGAAUAACAUACACUUUUAUGAUUAAACCUUGACAAUAAACUGAUCUAAGCAAGGAAACUGAAUUGAGCUCUCUUACUGGGCUUAUUUGUAACCGUUCUCAAUGAAAGUUAAUGAAAGUUAAAACUGGUGUGCUUUGGGAAUAUGAUACAUCUGUUGGGACCAUUUGGACAACUGCUUGCUUUCUAGGAUCAUUAAUAGUUAAGGAAAUGUUUCUGCCUUAUUGGUCUGGUCUGCUUAAGGAUUAUAAUGCAUAUUGUGCGUGUUUUUCCUGUGUUGGAUCUCUGCAGUGCUUGAAUAGAAUACGGGUAGAUUGAAUAGACUAUAGGUAGAUUGUCAUUCCUAGUGCUUGUGGUUCUUUGCUUCUUAUGAGUAAGUUAUAUUAAAAGAGGAUGAGGGUCCCAUGCUGAUGGGUAUAUUUGACACACCUGAUGGUUUCCUUUCAUACAAUCUCUAAAAUAGUGUUGUCUACCUAUAAUGAUCUAUUCCUCAUUUUGAGAAAGAAAAAGCUGCAGAGAUUAAACUAAUAGAGUAUGAUGAUUUUUGCCAGUGAAGCUGCAAUUAAGAGAUUUUUAUUAUGCCCUUUUAAUGCAGAUGCUCAGUUCAUCUUUUCUGUUAGUCAUCGUUAACCACCAUACCUAGCUUUUAUACCUAGCUCUGAGAAAUGGACUACAGCGUGUUAGUAGUUAAACUAUCCAGAAACUGUUUUAAGCCCUUAAACUUGCCUUGUUUUCUAAGUUUGUCAUUUUCUAAGGCAUGUCCCUUCUGCUGCUUGUUUCUAGGAUCUGUGAAAUAAUGCAUGCAUCAGAUUUUGGCUUGGAGGAAAAGUCAAUCGUGUCUUAGCAGCCUGAAACUAAUAGUUUACCCUUGAAAUACUGACAAGAUAUAAUCCUGAUCAUAACAACACUGAGUUUAAAAGCCUUUCUGUGUAGGCAGUGUAUUAAAACUCUUGGAAACGUUCUGAAAGUAAAGGGCACUUAAAAACACUUUUGCAAUUUUCCAUUCCUCAUUGCAUAGACUUAUCAUCUUUUGGUUUGGAUUUAGCUUGUUUUGUAUAAUAGUAUAAUAAAAUAUCACAGUCCUGACUGAUACAUUUUUUUCAAGUGAGCCUGUGGACCUGUCAGUAGUUAGGCAAAUUGAGGUUUUGGAACAUCAUGUGAGAAGUAAGUAAACAUAAUAAUCAGUAAAAGGUUGUAUUUUAUCCUUUUUUUUUUUCCAUAAAAGGAAUAGACAAUUUUUUUUACAGAUAAGUUUCAGAGUAAGGUUUUGACAUAAUGGAUGGGGGAAUUCAGGACUGGUGUCUUUAUUGUGGGUGAUAGUCAUCUUGCCAAGUGAAAAGUCACUUGCAGUAAAGCCUGUGAGCCUGAUUUUUUUUUUUUUUUUGUUUGCUUGUCAGAAGUAAGUUUCCCAAUACUUAAACUCAUGUCAAAUGAAAUCACAAAUAAAUUCAGCAUGGAUGAAGUUCAGAUGCCUAUGUAUAGAUGAACCGUCCUGACUCUUCUCUGCACAUUAAUUCUUAUGUAACAUUUUUUCUGUGAGGCUGAUAAUAGAAAUUAUAAAAUGGCUUUACUGGAGGCAGUUGUUGGAUUGUGUUCAGCUACUUUAUACCAUUAAUUCUCAAAGUUCUUGACUUUGCCCAGUUGGUCUUAUUAUAAAAAAUGUUUUCCCUACCAGCGUGGAGUCUAAUUUAAACCAAGCAAAUUAAAAAUACAAACUAUUUUAUAAAUACACACUCACAAUUUAAAAUUCACUUAAGAUGAAGGAAGAAAAUAUCAAAAAAAAAAAAAUAAAGGUGGAACAAAUGGUUUACAAAAUUAAUUGCGUUUUAAAUUUCUCCAAAAAAUAUUACUAAACUGAGAUUACAACUGGGAAGCUUGUGUCUUUGUAUACUAGUGUUCUGUUUUUAACAUCUGAAAAAUAAAGCUGAAAGCGUAUGCCAGCACUUUAUCUUAAAUAUUCCUUAAAGUUUUUAUCAUGGUAACCGAUGUUUACAUUUCUUAUUACUUUUGGAUCUAACUUAUCUUUAAAUUUGAAUAAAUGAAAUUUUGUCCUUUCCAAGGAUAAGGAUUAAAGACUUUAUUUGUGCUUUAUGUAAAUUCAAAAUAUACCUUGAAUCUGAUUUUGUUUGGAUCAUUGUUUAUUUAAAAAAAACUGUGCAUGCAUAACGUCAACUGAAUGUAAAUAUAUACAUUAUAGACAAUGCUA